AUGACUGAUAAUGAGCAAGCUGUUGCUAAUGACAAACCAGAUGGCAAGAACAUCACCAUGUCAGAAAUGGAAAUGAUUAAAACUCUGAGUGCCACAGGGAAAUAUGAUAUUACUCCCAAAAAGGAGAAAAUCCCUGGUUUUGGUGAUGGUUUUGUUGGAACCAGUACUCCCUAUACUGGUUACUGUAGGGGUGAGCCAGACCUUGACAAUAAUGAGAGCUAUUUGGUGAAAGCUCGAGAGGUUCCCAAGAUACCUCAAUUUUCGGGGGAAGAUCCUCCGGUUAAGGGGGAUGUUUCCUAUAGGGAAUGGCGUUUUGAGGUUCAGUGCCUCACAGACGACCCAGAAAUUACGGACAGUCUUUUGUCUCAGGCGAUUCGCAGAUCAUUGCGCGGCACAGCACGUCGGAGGCUGAUGUCGUUGGGAAAUAGCCCAGACCUCACCUUAGUACUCUCCAAGCUAGACAACUUCUUCGGGGAUGUAAGUACUAAUGGCAUGAUAAUGCAGGAGUUUUUUAAUUCUUUUCAAAAGCCUGAUGAGUCUGUAACAGAUUUUGGUUGUCGCCUUGAGUCCAUGUUGCAUGUUGCAGUAGAACAUGGAUAUUUGGAUCCAUUCUCAAAAAGUGAGCUUCUGCGUCACAAAUUUUGGACCUCUUUGUCAUCUGACAGGUUAAAAAGUCAGACAAGGCACAAAUAUGAUACCAUCAAAGAUUUUGACCUACUCCUUAGAGAGAUUAGGAUGGUUGAUAAAGAGAUCAACUUACAGAACACUGUUUCUAAGGACAGUGCAUCUUCUUCAACCUCUAAGGGAGUUAAGGCCCGACAGCAUGCAGUGCAAAGUGAGUCGGUGACCAGUUCUGAAUGUAAGUCAUUAGAGGAAAGGUUUCAUGCUCUUGAAAAAGACAUGAAUACCAAAAUGGAGUUGUUGUUGGAAAAGUUGGAUACUUUAGGUAAUAAGGGGUAA